CCCCAAACCCCAGUGUGACCUCUCCGCCGCGCUGCAGCAAUGGAGGCGCAGGCGGACGACGACAUCGCCGCCUUGCGCGAGCAGUGCCGGAGCCUGGAGGAGGCCAUAGGCUUCCGCCGGGAGACGCAGCUGGGCCUCGUCGCUUCCCUCCAGCGCCUCGUCCCCGACCUCGUCCCCUCCCUCGACUGCUCGCUCCGCAUCAUCGCCGCCUUCAACGGCCGCCCCUUCGUCCCCACCCCGAACCCCGACGCCGCCCACGGUAAGGGCCCCGCCGCCCUCAAGCCCCACCAGCGCCGCGCCCUCCCCGACCCGGCUCGCUCCACCCGCCGCAAGACCUCGCCCGGAUCCUCCCCUGCCUCCGUCGCCGCCGCACCCGGCGGCCUCGACGCCGUGCGCACCAUGGUCGCCGUGUGCCUUCUGGAGCUCGUCCCCUUCGCCGAGAUCGACGCCGCCGCGCUCGCCCGCCGCCUGCAGGCGGAAAACUCUUCUGCCAGCGAGGCCGAGCGGACUGCUCUCGCUGACCUAGCGGCCGAACUCGGUGGCUCCGCGGCCUCCGCUGUAGUCCUCGCUCUCCGACGCAUAGCCGAGGACAACGGCGGUGUGCAGAUCGAGGAGGCCAUGAUUGGGGGCAAGUCGAUGACGAUGGUCUGGGCCAUCGACCGGAGCAAGCUCCUCAAGGAACUGCCAGAAUCUGCUACUUUGCCCCAACUCCAACCUCCGCCAGCUCUUCAGGCAGCCCCCUCUGAGACCGAUGCUAGCAGCGCGAUGAUACCAAGGACACCGCAACAGCAGCCGGAUAUGUGGCCGCAUGCGAUGCCGCCAAUAUUCCCACGGCCGAGGGGCAUGGCUAUGCAGGGGAUGCAGAGGGUGCCUGGCGUGCCGCCAGGUAUGAUGCCGCUGCAGCGGCCAUUCAUGGGGCCAGCUGGAGUUAUCGCAAUGGGUGGGGGUAUGGGGCCUAACCCAACCCAGCAGAAGCAGAAGACCGAGGAGGACGAACUUAAGGAUCUGGAGCUGCUGCUGAACAAGAAGACAUAUAGAGAGAAGCAGAACACCAAGACAGGGGAGGAACUUUUGGAUCUCAUUCACCGGCCCACAGCGAAGGAGACGGCUGUGGCAGCAAAGUUUAAAACAAAAGGUGGCUCCCAACUGAAGGAAUAUUGUACCAACUUAACUAAAGAAGAUUGCCGACGCCAGAGUGGAUCUUUUGUUGCCUGUGACAAGGUCCACUUCCGCCGUAUUAUUGCUCCUCAUACUGAUACAAACCUAGGAGAUUGCUCGUUUCUGGACACUUGCCGCCACACAAAGACUUGCAAGUAUGUCCACUACGAGCUUGACCAAACACCAGAUAUACCUCCAAUGAUGGCUGGUGGCCUUGCACCCCCAAGGCAAAUUAGACCCCAGAGAGCUGAAUAUUGUUCAGAAAUAGAGCUUGGAGAAGCUCAAUGGAUAAAUUGUGACAUCCGAAACUUCAGGAUGGACAUCUUAGGGCAGUUUGGAGUAAUUAUGGCUGAUCCCCCUUGGGAUAUUCAUAUGGAAUUGCCAUAUGGCACAAUGGCUGAUGAUGAAAUGAGGACUCUUAAUGUUCCUGCUUUACAAACUGAUGGUUUGAUUUUCUUAUGGGUCACUGGUCGUGCAAUGGAACUUGGUCGGGAGUGUUUGGAGCUUUGGGGUUACAAGCGUGUUGAGGAAAUUAUUUGGGUGAAGACCAAUCAACUUCAACGUAUUAUUCGAACUGGCCGCACUGGUCACUGGUUGAAUCAUAGUAAAGAACAUUGCCUUGUUGGAAUAAAAGGAAACCCUUUAGUGAACAGAAACAUUGACACUGAUGUUAUUGUUGCUGAAGUCCGUGAAACAAGCAGAAAACCCGAUGAGAUGUACCCCAUGCUAGAAAGAAUAAGCCCAAGGACAAGGAAGCUGGAACUUUUUGCAAGAAUGCAUAAUGCACAUGCUGGAUGGCUUUCCCUGGGUAACCAGUUAAAUGGAGUAAGGCUUGUUGAUGAAGGAUUGAGAGCACGGUACAAAGCUGCUUAUCCUGAUUCAGAGGUUCAGCCGCCAUCACCUCCCAGGGCAACCGCCCCUAUGGAUGGUGAUCCAAGCACGUCACAGAAACCUACUGUAUCAGACGGCGAGAGGCCUGCCUGAUGUAGUGACGUUAGCAGUCGGCACCUUACACUCAGGAAUCAUCGUGCAAGGAUGCACACACCUUGUACGACAGUAUUUAUCACUCGUUGGUUUUUCACUGAGAAGUUACACCGGUUGUAAAAUUAAUCAGGUUGGUUUUCUUAGAAGUAACUCCAGUUGUAAAAUUGUUGUUUUUGGUCGCUCGAGAAAUGUAAGAGUGAAGAGGUGCUGGGUUUUGUAAUGUUGGCAGACAUCCAUCUAAUAGAAGCCUCUACUGAUCUUGCUAAUUUGUCA